GAUUGCCACGCAGCCAGUCAUACGGAUCACACCUCUCGUCCUCCUGUUUUCUCUGUUAUCGCUAAACAUAAAUAAAAUAAUAACCUCUCCACUACUCCACCUUUCGUUUUUCUCCUGGAUACCUUAUCAGUCGGUGUGUUAAAUGAAAUGCUACGUAGCAUCCUGUGCAAAUUUAUCGGUGAAUCAUUAUCAUUGUUUGCCAUUUUUUCUCAGUGGUUUAUACUGUCCGUCAGCUGCGAGAGCCGAUCUGUAAGUAAUUAACGUGGCCGUUUUGAAAUAUCUAUGAUGACCCUGACUGGAGGAAACCUUGGAUUAGAUUGUUGCGGAUGAUCUCACUGAGAACUAACAUUGUCAAUAAUCUCCACCUUUGAAAUUUCCCUGUUGACGUACCUCAAACGUCGAUGUCAUCCAGUGUCAAAGUGUGUUUUUCAGACAUCUUGAUUUUGGAAUUGGCUGCUUCUUUGACACUUUAUCGAAACAACUCAGUGCGUGUCUUACAAAAUAUCAACUCAAGUGAUGCCGAAAAAUUCGUCUCACCAUCGGAUCGAUGAGCUUAUUUUGUCAUUUCCAUUGCCAGAUCGAAGGUGCCCUGACUCGGCAAUUUCAUGCAAACUGGGAUUUAUUCAAGUAAGUUGUGGAAGGAGGCUAAUAAGCACCAUGAUUGCUCUACAAUGAGUAAUGUACCAAAUGAAUUAUGUUUCUGUAGUAAGUAAUCACUGAAAGUUGAUUUCGGAACACAGUCACUUUCAUGAAAAUGUAACCGCAUGGAAAGUUGAAGACUGGUAAUUUUGCAUUCCUGACUUUCUUAAUCUUCAGCUCCUUGCUGAGAAAAUGUGAAAAUAAACCCACCUUUGGAUAUUUUCAAUGCCUGUAAGUAAGGUAUAGAAGAUUCUGGUGUUAAACUGUCUCCAAAAUGCACAAGGAUUAAUAAAACUGGGUUUAAUUUUUCCUUCAAACAGAUUCAUGAAACCAGUUGUACAAUUUUUUGCAUUCUGCAUUGAAAUUUAUGUGAGUUGACCAUAAAAAAAUGGUAAAUGCUCUGUCUCCAUACUUCUUUUUUUGUCAGAAUAAUUAGUUUAACAAUUACAAUAACUGGAUCUCAGUUGAAUACCUAAAAAGUUUAAUCUGAUCAUCGAAUAUCAAGAACUUUCUAAAAAUAACUUUGAGAAGUGAACAUUUUUUUUAAUCACUGUCUUUAUUUUCAGUCGUACUUUUAAUCAUUGAAAUAUUUUUUAAAAUCAAGGCAACAGUUAAGAAUCAUUGUUCAAGAACUCUAAAGUUGAGAUGCUGUAAUUAGAUUUGCCCUUUAUCUUUAGUGAAGUCAUUUUUACAAUGAGAAACGAAUCCAUCAAUAUGUGUAUCAAAAGUGCAGUUAGAUUUUAGAACACUUCAUUGACUUUUAAAAUGGCCCAGCGCAGCGAUGAAGAAUGCCUAAUUCCUUCAAAAGAACCCUCACCCCCUCUAGUCACAGAUACCUUUGCAUCCCGCAAAAUGUUUGCUUUCAAAGUUACAACGGCAUUAUUCUAUGCCAUCGCCUCAUUUUUAAUUACAAUUGUCAACAAAUCAGUACUUACCUCCUAUAAAUUUCCAUCAUUUCAAGCAGUCGCUUUCGGACAAAUGUUCGUUACAGUCAUUGUACUAUACGUAGGGAAGAAGCUAAAAUUCAUAACCUUCCCAGACCUUCACAUGAAAACAUUCUAUGACAUUAUGCCUUUGCCUUUCAUAUAUGUGGGUAACAUGGUCUUUGGUCUUGGAGGCACCAAAGAGCUCAGCUUACCGAUGUUCACCAUGCUUAGACGUUUUUCAAUUUUAAUGACAAUGAUAGCUGAGUAUUAUGUCUUAAGUGUUAGGCCAAGAUUUGCUGUUAAAGUCUCUGUGUCGCUCAUGGUCAUUGGUGCGAUUAUCGCAGCAUCCAAUGACCUUGGCUUUAACUUCAAUGGCUACAUGUAUAUAUUAAUUAGUGACUUUUUAACUGCAUGUAAUGGUGUUUACACCAAGAAAAAAUUGAACAGUGGGAAAGAGAUGGGCAAGUACGGGCUCAUGUUCUACUGCGCACUGUUCAUGUUACCUGUCUCUUUGUUCCUAAUGUAUUAUUCUGGUGACCUAGAUCUGGUCUAUGACUAUCCAAACUGGGUAGACCCAUUCUUUUUAGUUCAAUUUGCAUUGACAUGCACGAUGGGUUUCAUCCUGAUCUUCAGUGUCAUGCUCUGCACACAGUAUAAUUCGGCCUUAACAACAACGAUUAUUGGUUGUUUAAAGAAUAUCUUAGUCACUUAUUUAGGUAUGUUCAUUGGUGGCGACUACAUAUUUUCUCCGCAGAAUUUUGUUGGCAUCAAUCUAAGUGUAUUCGGUAGUCUCUUAUAUACGUAUGUAACGUUCCGACCUUCCAGCGGGGCGCAGACUAAAUCAAAAGCUGCUGUUGAACCCAGUAAGGUUAUUGUUGCAUAGUUAAGUGGCGCACCAUUAAUUGCAUUAGUUUCCUGUAAGAAAUUUUAUUUGUUUGCAUACUUGAAAAAUAUUUCUAGAAAUAUCUUUUGGAUAGCAUUGAUGAUCUCAAUUUUUAAACAUGUAGGUAGAGUAUAAUGCAAUUGGUUUUACAGCAUACCUACUUCAGACAUCCUGCAGCAAAAUGGGACUAAGUGACCUUAAACAGGAAAGGAGGAAAGCAGGUGUGAUGUGAAAUUUCCCUGCAAGGUUUGAAGUAAAGAAUAGAAUCGAAGUCCAAUUUCUUCAUACUGAAUGCACAAUAAGGAAUUCACGCAUUUACCAGUGAAAAUAUAGUGCUGGACAAGUUCAAAACUGAUCUCAACUCGAUUAGAGAAGGUUGAGAAGGUCCUUAGUUUCUCUUUUGCCAAAUGCUACUUCUUGAAUUCAAAGUAAAUGAGUUUGAGUGCUGUUUUUACCUAUUUUUUCAGCAGCUUUUUUUUUAAAUAUUUUUUUAAUCACGAAAAAAAUGCAAUAGUGUUGGUAGGUAGGUAAGUGUUUACUGGUGCAAGCCACGGAAGGUUCAUCCGUACAGAUUGUCACUUGAAAAGAGAAGAAACAAAUUGUACAUUUUUCUACUGUCAGAUUUUCAGUAUUAAAAAUUAUAUCACGAGGAAGCAUCCAGGUUUUAAUGCCUAGAAUUCUUAGUGAAAAUCUGUUUUUUCUUAUUUUUUUAGGAGAGCAAGAAAAACCGAGUGACAAGUUUUAUUUUUUUAGUGAUUGAAGUUUUGUUCUGUUAAAAAAGACACUUGUUUGAUGUACACCAGAAAAUAUUUCGAAGAGAAAAGUUGAAAAACUUUUACUUUCUGAGAAGGAUUUUACAAACUCUCAAACCAAAUUUUCAUUUUUUUAAGAUAUCAGGAUCAGUAUGAUUCCGCAAAAUUUGUAAGAAACCUCUUGUUUCAAGAAUUUACCAACAUUUGGAUGGAAUUAAACAAAAAGGUACCAAGUUGCAUCAAGUGAAUCAAGAAGGAGAGGUUCAAAGUUUCACGCCUCCAGUAGAUGUAAUGAGGCCUCGUCCACACGAGCUUUGUUCGGGCGAAUUCGUUCCUCAAACCGGAGUGUUCAAGCAAAGCAACAAGUUAUAGGCAAGUCAUAACAAGUUCGCCCGAAUUUGCUCGAACCACGAUUGUGUGGACAAGGUCUGAGGAAUCGAAUAUUUAUACUCUCAAAAUAUUUUUUCUCAACCUAGAAUUUCGGACAGGAGAAAAUUUGUGACCAGUUAAAUUUAAAUUCACUCCCAAUUCAUCCCCCCCCCCCCAAAAUGCGACUCUGUGUGUUUGUGUUUAACUCGGUCUAUUUUGUACAAAAAUUGUCCCAUGGUUUAUUCUGAAAAUAAUUGGGAUUUUGCAAUUUGUAUACAUGCUUUUCAGUUUAUGGUUGGUAGGUUGCUGCUUAAAGAAUGCACGAGUUACCUACAUGUUUUUUUAAGAAACAGUCAAAUCAGUAAAAUUUAAUGGCAGUUUAUCGAGAUUGGAACCUGUAUUCGUUUUUUGGGGGAUUAAAGUAAUAUUUUUGUCAUCAAUCACCUUUCAUGAGUAAGUCAAUCAUUCUCUUGCAAAGAGAUCAGCAUUCUUUGGAAAAAUACAACCCAAUUGAAAAAGGCAUUGCAUUGAACCUUGUGUAUAAGAGUGAAAUUGGAAGAGAAAAACUAAAAGCCUCUUUUAUCUAGUAUGCAAACGGCUCAUAUGAAAAGCGUGAUACCUACAAACUAUCGUUUGUCUUCUAUCAUUUGUUGGUUUCUGCACAAUUAUUUUGUUAAUAAAGGAUCGUCUACCGUAAUGGAACCUUAGUCCACCAAAACUCAAAAUUAAGUAAUUGGACAAUAUGGAGUAACCAGAAUCCGUCCAAUUACAUCAGAUGUCGUCCACUUUCCUGCCAAAAUCAAUCUUUCUACAAGAGAUCCAAACAGCAUUCUGCCCUUCAGGGAAAUCAGCAAUCUGAGUAAAUAAUGGUUUGGCAUUACAAUGCCACUUUACGUUCUCUUUAGGCACUUAAGUUGUAUAAAUUUCUCGUAACCAUUCUUUAGGACACUGUACUGAUUUUUAUUGUUGAAAUCUUAGAAGCUGUUUUGCCCUCACUUUGACACAAAUUGCUUUUCUGAAAAUUAUGCCUUCAAGUGCUGAGGUCCUUUUUCCUCCAGAUUGUCACGUGUGAAUUUGUGACUGCCAUUUGAUAAAAAAAUCUCAGCACUGUUAAUCAAGAUUGAGAUAUUGGUAUCUUUGCUUAGAUGUGCGUUUUUCAGAAAAUUUGGCUCGAAAGGUGCCCUAAAAUGUCCAACCAAACCUUAGUUACGACUUGAUGAAAUUUACAGUUCCAAAAAUUUAUCGUUGAGAAAAAGCAAUUUACCUACAGUUUUAUCUUCCAUUUUUGGGGCUGAAACGGUUGGAUCCAAAUACGCCCUUCGCGAGCACAACUAUAAAGCAAGCAUACUGCACUAAAAGUAUUCUUUUGAGAAGCAUUGAGAGGAACAUUUCCAUUGAAAACUCAAAUUUCAAGUUUUCAGCUCAACUUGCCAAAAAAACUCUCUUUUUGUAAGGAGGUACACUAAGGUUGCUUUUCGGAUAGACGGUCACAUUUGUUUUCCACCAGGGUAAUUAUUCAAAUUAUGUCUUAGUCAAUGGGAUCAAGAUUCGACUGAGCCCAAAGAAAGUUACGCUAGUGACUCUUUAAAGUUAUUUAUGAAGCUUUUAUUGAGUUUGACUCUCAAUUGAUUCCCGAUUAUUCCAAGAGGCUUCAAUAGUUUUAUGUAAAUCUGACCCAAUCGAAUCGUUUUUCAUGUAGGAUCGUAAAUUCAGUGCAGCAUUUACAAGUUGAUGAGGAAAGUUUCUUUUAUAUGGAGUGACUUUACAAGGGGAAAAUGGGAGAAUUUCCAUGUUGCAAACAUCCAAAUUCAGAAAAUUUCCAGAGAGAUUUUUAUUUGUAGUCCAUUGGUGCGAAAAAGAGCUGUCAGUGAAAAUAUUGAAACAAAUUUCGAUGGAGUAACACCUUCAUGUGAACCACUUCAAUCGAGAUGUGAGAAAGAAUUCAUGAGAUAUUACUCACCAGUCACCAAUGAUGAAACUCCAUUUCAGCUUAAGCCGUACCUUUGUACCGUUGAUCAAGACAGAAUUUAAAUAACCAGCCUCUUGGAGCCCUAACCUGGCCUGUUUCUUUUAUUUAUAUUAAGCAGUCCUGAGUUAAUAAUAGUAAGUUAUAAAAAAUGUUUUACCUUUGUUGUUAUAGAAUAUGGAAAAAUAAUUUUAAGGAUGUUAUGUACAUAUUUUAUUUAUUAAAUAGCCGAAUGUUUGUAGUCAUAAGCUAAAAGACUCUUAUACCUACCUAUGUUAAGUUGUUGGUAAUAGAGAAAAAAGGCAAUUGAGUGAGAAGUAAAAUUAUUUAAGAUAUCAAUAGCCAAAGUGUAAAACGACGUAACUCCGUUUAAGAUGUUGCAGACUUCCCACAUGCUUUAUUUUUUCUUUGGAAAACUACUCAACAUGUGAUUUCUUGAAAACUUUGGUGACUUUUAUUCCCUGUUAGCAGAAUGUUCUGUAUACAUUUCAAGCUAUAUAGUCGACUUGUUUCUUUUCAAACAAAAAUAAAAUGGGGGCAAAUAUUUUGAAUUAUUGCAAUGGGUAGGUAUACGUUGAUUUGCACUUUCACCAUUGAUAUAUAAUUUAUCAACACUUUUAGACAAACAAAAAUUUUAUGUCUAUGUCGAUUUUUUUUUCUUUUUCUAAAGACAGACUCUUAACUUGAUAUUAUUUUUAGAAAGACACUUAGCGUCUUCACUAUUUACCAUGAACAUGUUUUUAUAAAGAAUGAUUAGGUAUAAAGAAUAAUUUGAAUUUUUGUUACAUAUAAGUUGCUCUCCCUCUGCACCUGCUUACGUAGGAUCUGUACGCCCCAAUCCUUUAAUUUUCAUGAUCUCAAAAGUAUUAUCUUCUUGAACUCAUCAUUUCCUUUUACCAAUGUACCAAUCAGAAAAAAGCGGAACUUAAGAAGAACUAAAAUUCAGAAUAUUAAUAGACAUCAUGAGUUAAAGCUAACUUCAUUACCUCCGUCAGGAAAUUUUUUAAAUUUUGUAUACCCAUAUCGUAGUCUGUAAUAUUGACCAGAGCUUUAAUACUAUCCACCUCCCCCCCCCCCCCCAAAAAAAAAGAAAGAAAUUCAGUAGAUGGAUGAAGUUUAUCAAAGACCAUUUGAUUUGCUGUUGUCGUUACACUAUUAUCUCAGCCGUGAUCUCUCAUUCAGAAAUAUUAGUGUCUUGUACCAAAUUGAUCGUUGGAGAAAUAUUAUUGGAUUGUCCUUAAAAUCAAUUGAUAUUUUGAGUCAGAAUUGCUUCCUGAUCAUUAAAUUAAGUUUAAUUUGUAUUAUAAGUAUCAAAGUCUACAAUCAAGCAAAGAUUUCUCUUUUCCGCUAGUGGAGGGUAGUAGGUACCUAGUAUAAGUGUGACAUAAAAAAUUGGAAUAAAAAGCAAAAUUUCUCAAGUUUUAUUUUCAACUUGAGAAGAUGACGAUUUUAAAAUCAAAAAUAAACUUUAUAUAUUUUUACUUUGGUCACUAAAUUUUAAAUCUUAUGACUGGUCUUUGUGCUGAGAUGCGUUUUGGAACUGGAAAGUAUAAUAACAAAGUCAUCAAUUUUUUUAUUCAGUACGAUCUUGGACUACUAUUCUUCAUGAUAGAUUUGCUUACAAAAUAGAGAUUGUUUCCUCUUCUUACACCUUAAAAUUCAUUUUUCAAAGAGAUACUUGAACACCGCAGUGCACCUCUAACCUGUGACCAACUACGUAUUCUCUUCUGGUCCAGUUUAUGACACUUUCAUUUGUGAGACUAGAAAAGUCAGUCAUCACUGUAGCCAAGAAAAUUUCACAUCUGGUGUCUCGAACGGCACAUUCUGAACUCAUGUUAAUGCCAAGCUGGAACUGCAGCGAUCAAUUCAUGCUCUGUGGAAAUCUUCUUAUUUUGUAAAACAUGUACCUAAUGUUUGAUUCAAUCGAAAACCCAGAAUUAUAUUUUUCCCCCUUUUUUUGUUUUGUAGCCAAGUUUGCCUCUUUCCUAAAUGUUGCAACAAAGAAUUUUUGGAAUUCUGUGGUUAUUAAUUUAUUUGUUUAUUUCUUUUAUGGAAAAGCAUUGUACUGUUACAACUUGUGUUUUUUUCUAGGUAUUAUUAAAUAUUUGUGCCAAAGGAA